AUGGAGUUUGGGAGGAGGAAGAGCUUUAGCUUCUUUGAGGAGGACUGGAAGGCGCGGCCAACGGCGGCGGCGCGGACGCCGGUGCACCACCACUACGCGCGGUCGCCGGCGAGGGAGGCGGCGCCGCACACGCCGCCGAGGCUGAGCCUCUCGUCGGUGCAUGGGGUGGAGCUGCCGGGGUUGGUCGGAGUUGGGGGAGGUGGUGGUGGUGGUGGUGGUGUCGGGGGGAUGUGCUCGCCGUGGGUGCAGUCGCCGCUGCACGGGAGGGUUCGGUUCCCGCCGUCGCCGGCGGCGAUCUACCACUGCCUCUCCGCGCUGCACCGGCUCGACGGCGACGUGCACGCGCUCGCCGUGGCGAGGGGGGUGCUGUUCACGGCGUCCGACAGCGGCCGCGUCCGGGCGUGGGCGGCGCCCGGGUGCUUCAACCGCGGGUACCUCGACGUCGGGCGCGGCCGCGUCCCGGCGAUCGCCGCGUGCGGCGGCACGCUGGUCACCUCCCACAGCCGCGACCACCACGUCCGCGUGUGGACGGUGUGCGCCUCCGCCGUGUGCGACCACAUCCGCGCCAAGAAGGCCGCCACGCUCCCGGCGAAGGGCGGCAUCCUCUCCUUCACCAAGCGGCGGCCGCCGCACCACCGCGACACCGUGUCGUGCCUGGUGCUCCACGCCGUCGCGGGCCUCCUCUACACGGCGUCGCACGACCACACCGUGAAGGCGUGGAAGCUCUCCGACGGCAGCUGCGCCGACUCGUUCGUCGCCCACGACGGCGCCAUCAACGCCAUGCUCAUCAACGAGGCCGACGGCUGCAUCUUCACCGGCUCCGCCGACGGCACCGUCAAGAUGUGGCGGCGCGUGUACGGCGGCACCACGCACGCCCUCAUCAUCGCCCUCCGCUCCGAGCUGUCGCCGGUGAACGCGCUGACGCUCUGCCACGCCGCCGCCGCCACGGGCGCCACCCGCCGGUGCUUCCUCUACGCCGGCUCCUCCGACGGGUACGUCAACGUGUGGGAGAAGGAGGCGAGCGCGGGGCGGCCGGCGCACGCCGGCUUCCUCAAGGGCCACCGCCUCGCCGUCUUCUGCCUCGCCUCCGGCUGCGGCGGCCGGGUGGUGGUGAGCGGGUCGGAGGACGCCACCAUGCGGGUGUGGCGGCGCGACGGCAAGGGCGGGAGCACGUCGCACACCUGCCUCGCCGUGAUCGAGGGCCACCGCGGGCCGGUCCGGUGCCUGGCGGUGGGCGGCGGCGAGGCCGGCGAUGUGGAGGGGAGCAUGGUGGUGUACAGCGCCGGUCUGGACAAGAGCGUCAAGUGUUGA